GUCGUGGUGAGGCUGACAAAACCCAAACCAAACAACAUGCGAGCUUGACGCCCGAGGGAGCAAAGCUUUGCAGGAGCGGCGAGAAAGAGCGGCGCACGUGGGGCUCGCCUGGCGUUUGCUCGCCUCGAAGAUUAAGGAGAAGAAGAAUCUGAAUCAGGAUUUUCAGACCAGCAUGUGCAGAGAGGCCAACUCCUGACAUUAAAAACUGAAUAGUGAAGGUUUGCAUUAAUAUGAUCCACAUCCAUAAUGGUUUCUGUAAAAUGGACUAAACUUAUUAUCACAACUGCACGGUGGCUGGUGGUAAUUGUUUGUUCACUGCAACCAGUUUAUGGGGGUGAAUAUGCAUAUAUUGGCCCUUGUGGUGGACGGGAUUGCUCAGUUUGUCAAUGCUUUCCUGAAAAAGGCUCAAGAGGUCAGCCUGGCCAUGUGGGGCCCCAGGGUGCAAUUGGUGCUUUGGGCCCCAUAGGACCCAUUGGUUUGCCAGGAGAAAAAGGUCAGCAAGGUGAUAUUGGUCUUCCUGGGGCAGCUGGAGAAAGAGGCAAUAAGGGUCCUACUGGUGUUCCAGGAUUUUCCGGUUUAGAUGGUGCACCUGGAUUGCCAGGACUCGAAGGUCCCAGAGGCAAGCCCGGCUUGGAUGGAUGUAAUGGAUCAAGGGGGGAACCUGGAUUUCCUGGAGAGGCUGGACACGUUGGACAAAGAGGUUCAUUUGGUCUUCCUGGGCAAAAAGGAGAGAAAGGAAAUUCCAUAUAUAUUUCUGAGUUUGUCAGAGGAGCUCCUGGAGAUAGAGGGGAUCCCGGAUCCCGUGGCAUGCCUGGCUCUCGAGGAGAAAGGGGGCCAAGAGGUCCACUUGGAUUUCCAGGACAACCAGGCUUACAGGGUGCUCCCGGUCGCCCUGGUUUGCCAGGCGAACAGGGAUAUCCAGGUACUGGAGUGGAAGGUCAAAAAGGGGAGCCGGGUGAUGUGGGACCUCCUGGAUCUUCUGGGCAGCCAUUAUUGGUUGGACCUCCUGGUUCUCAGCUGUUAAAAGGAGAAAAGGGCAUAAAAGGAAUGCCUGGAUCCAUUGGCUCCAAAGGACUGCCUGGCCGCAAAGGUGCAUUUGGAAAUGGACAGAAGGGUGAAAAGGGGAUUCCUGGCUUUCCUGGAAUGCGGGGAAGUCCUGGUUCUUACGGAUCUUUUGGUUUUCCAGGAAACAAGGGUGAGACUGGAAUUGCUGGAUUUCCUGGACAAGAUGGCUUUUCCGGCAUAAAGGGAGACACUGGAGAUAUAGGGCUAACAGGUCCACCAGGACCUCGAGGAACACCACGCGUUGGAAUAAAAGGACUUGAAGGAGAUCUUGGAAACCCUGGAGCUUCUGGAGAUGUAGGAGCAGAUGGGUUCCCAGGCCUCUCAGGAGCUAAAGGAAGGCCAGGGGAAGAUGGAGCCAGCCUCCCAGGUCCCAAAGGUGCACAAGGAGUACAAGGUCCUCAAGGCUCUCAAGGUGACCCCGGUCCUCCUGGUAUAUCUGAAACAGCUCCAGGAAGGCCAGGAUCUCCAGGAUCACCAGGUUUUCCAGGAGCACCGGGAAACCAGGGCUUGCCUGGACCACCUGGUGUGACUUGUAAUGGGAGAGGGGCCCCUGGACAACCUGGAUCCCAAGGCCUGAGGGGGCCACCAGGAGAUAGAGGUGAAAAAGGAGAGAGAGGGGGUCCAGGUACCUGCUUAUGUGGCCCUGGCCCAUAUGGCAUACCUGGAAUACGAGGCCCACAAGGUAGUCCAGGGAGAAAAGGAGAAGUGGGAUUACCUGGAAAAUAUGGAAGAAAAGGAGAUCCAGGUUUACCUGGUGCUAUAGGACAACCAGGUCCCCUAGGAAUACGAGGUUCAUAUGGUCAGACUGGUGAGAAAGGAGAUAAGGGUGACCCAGCCAGAAUAAGGAUCAAAGGGAUAAAAGGACAAAGAGGUCCCCAAGGGGAACCUGGACUUCCAGGAGAGAAUGGCAUUGAUGGCAAGAAUGGAGAGCCAGGAUUGCCAGGUGAAAAAGGGCUUCAGGGUCGUGAUGGAACAUCAAUACCAGGUGAUAAGGGAUUUCCUGGUGCCCCUGGACUUCCUGGCUCAAGAGGCCCUAUUGGACCAUCAGGUUUUGGAAUUCCAGGUCCACAAGGGGUCCAGGGCCUACCUGGGGAUUCAGGAAGCCCAGGUAUAAGAGGACCACCUGGACCAAAGGGUCAGAAAGGUAGUAGUCCUCAGUAUGGAACAACCUAUGCCGGGAAUCCAGGCCCACCUGGUUUUAAAGGUUUGUCAGGUCCAAAAGGAUUAAGAGGACCACCUGGGCGACCUGGCCCCAAUGGUUUUGAUGGCCCAAAAGGACAACCAGGCAGACAAGGAAUAUCAGGCAGGCCUGGUCCAGAAGGUUUCAGGGGUGAGGAUGGUGACCCAGGUGAGAAAGGUGAAAGUGGUUCCAGGCUGGAUGGUGCUCCAGGAUUGCCUGGCCCUCCUGGGCUUGAAAGCCAGAAGGGUGUUCCAGGUGACACCAGUUAUGGGCCUCCAGGAAUUACAGGCAGCAGAGGUCUUCCAGGCUUACCAGGAUUGCCAGGCAUAAGAGGUGACCCAGGUUUUACUGGGCAUCAAGGACAGCCCGGCACACCAGGAUUUCCAGGAGCUAAAGGUCUUAGUGGUAGGAAAGGUGAUAGAGGAUCCCCAGGAUAUCCUGGUGCACCUGGACUACCUUGUGACAAAGGCUUGCGGGGCCCUCCAGGACCACCAGGCUCUUUUGGACCACCAGGGUCUCCAGGUUUACAGGGCUUCAAAGGUGCACAGGGGGAUAUGGGUGCCCCAGGCCCAGCUGGAAUGAAAGGCAUGCCAGGAGCUCCUGGAACUCAGGGGCCAGCUGGCCUUCCAGGCUUAAGAGGAAACACAGGCCUUCCAGGCGAGGAUGGAUUGCCAGGCCUCCCAGGACAAAAAGGAAACAAAGGGUCCCAGGGUAUGCAAGGUUUCCCAGGACUACCAGGAAAUAAAGGAGAGAUGGGAGCUCCUGGUGGAAAAGGUGAACAAGGACAAACAGGCCUACGUGGUCCUCCAGGAGAACGCGGAUUUAAAGGCUCCAAAGGUGAACCAGGACCUCAAGGAGAAGAUGGCCGUAUUUUUGUAUUAGUAGAGAAAGGACAAAAUGGGGAACCAGGCCUUCCUGGUGAGGAGGGUUUACUGGGAACACAGGGUGACAAAGGCAGCCCUGGAUAUAGAGGAAUCCCAGGAUUGCCUGGCAGAAGUGGACUUCCAGGAAUUCAGCAAGGUGAACGUGGUGAUACUGGGCAGGCUGGUUUUCAAGGGUUACAAGGCUUCCCUGGGCCUCCAGGACUGGUGGGAAUAAUUGGUUUUCAAGGACUGCAGGGUGAUCAGGGUGCUCAGGGAUUGUCAGGUUUUCCGGGUAAUCCAGGUUCAGAUGGUGCAAAGGGAUCUAAAGGUAGUAGAGGUGACCCAGCUAUUCUCCUUGGCCAGCCUGGUAAAAAAGGUCCUGCAGGAGACCUAGGAUUGCCAGGACUUGAUGGCUUGCCAGGAGACCAAGGUGCAACAGGUGAUCAAGGGAGACUAGGAAGACAGGGGCCAAAAGGCUUGCCCGGAGACCAAGGAACACCUGGCUUCCCAGGUGCUCAGGGAGCUGAAGGAUUAGCAGGCACUCCAGGUGAACCAGGUAAUCCUGGUGUUUCAGGACCCCCAGGUUUGCCAGGAUUACCAGGUUUGCCAGGCAGAAAAGGCCUUUUGGGGUUGCCAGGUUUAAAUGGCCUGAAUGGACUACAGGGUCAAAAAGGUUUACCAGGAGCUCCAGGUAUUCCAAGUGAAACAGGUCUCCCGGGGUGUACAGGAGAACCUGGACCAAAAGGCAACAGAGGAGAACCUGGCCUACCAGGAAUUUUACGUCUGGGCCCUCCUGGAGAAAGAGGCCCAUCAGGUCUUCCUGGCAAAGCCGGUGCUUCUGGGCCUGCCGGUCCUAGGGGUCAGCAUUCUGAACCUGCACUUCCUGGGCCUCCAGGUGAUCAAGGCCCCCCUGGUUUAGAUGGCAUUAGAGGUCUUCCUGGCAAACCUGGCCCUCCGGGAAAGACUAUAUUUGUUAAAGGAGAUCCAGGUGACUGUGGGACUCCUGGUCUACCUGGGGUUGCGGGCCCACCUGGGAAACCGGGAACUAAAGGUGUUCCAGGUAAUCUAGGAGGAGAAGGCUCAAAAGGUCUGAUGGGAUACCCUGGACCACAGGGGCCUCCCGGUGUUCCUGGGGAGCCUGGGGAUCAAGGUUAUCGAGGAACAGCUGGUUAUGUGGGUCCCAAAGGUGACCCAGGAGAACCUGGAAAACUUGAUUACUCCUUAUGUCCCAAGAUUCCGGGACCUCCUGGAAUAUUAGGCGCAAGAGGAUCACCUGGUCCCAUGGGAUUAAUAGGACCAAAAGGUUUCCCUGGUCCCCCAGGAAAAAAAGGACAAGAAGGUUUAUUAGGUCUCCCAGGUCAGGAUGGCUUGCCUGGGCCACCAGGACCCAUUGGUGAUCAAGGUGAAAUAGGAGUACAAGGAUACACAGGGCAACAAGGUCCUCCAGGCCAAACUGGGAUUCCAGGGCCGCCGGGGCCUGAAAUAAGAGCUGCUAGUGGAUUUCUGCUUGUUCUUCAUAGUCAAUCAGACCGGGAACCACUUUGCCCAGAAGGAAUGCCAAAAUUGUGGACUGGUUACAGUCUUCUUUAUCUCGAAGGGCAGGAGAAGGCCCAUAAUCAAGAUCUUGGUCUAGCCGGAUCUUGUCUCCCUGUAUUCAGCACAAUGCCCUUUGCCUAUUGCAAUAUCAACCAGGUUUGCUAUUAUGCAAGUCGAAAUGAUAAAUCUUAUUGGCUGUCAAGUGCUGCUCCUUUACCCAUGAUGCCCCUCUCUGGUGAUGAAAUACAACCCUACAUCAGCAGAUGUACUGUAUGUGAAGCUCCAUCACAAGCUGUUGCAGUUCAUAGUCAAGAUCAAUCCAUUCCUCCCUGCCCAUUGAACUGGAGAAGUCUUUGGAUAGGCUAUUCAUUUUUAAUGCACACUGGAUCUGGUGACCAGGGAGGUGGACAGUCCCUCAUGUCAACUGGGAGCUGCCUUGAAGACUUCAGAGCAUCACCUUUCAUUGAGUGCCAGGGUCAGCGAGGAACAUGUCAAUUUUUUGCCAAUGAAUACAGCUUCUGGCUAACCACUGUGAACCCAGACCUGCAGUUUGCAACAGCCCCUCUCCCAGGGAUUCUUAAAGAUGGGCAAGAACAACGCCGAAAUGUAGGCAGGUGUCAGGUCUGCAUGAAACAUAGCUAAAAGACUUGUUUCUAAUAUUUCUAAAAAUAAAAAAACAAUGGGAGCUGUAAGUUUUGUACAUUGUAAAUGGUGCUGAUUUGAAGAUGUUCUUUGAAAAUGUGCAACACUGUUCAAGAUUUCGGCCACAUCUACACAACACGUUUGUUGAUACCAGAUUCAUUUCAAAUCAUGGGAACUGUGGUUCUUCAUGUCUGCUUUGCUUCAACUCUUUUGUGUAGCCACAUUUGUGGGUAUUUUGUUUAUGCUAACUGAAAACUGGAAAGUUUACCUUUCAGUAUAAUUGCAAUGACUGAUUGGAUAGAAGGGGCCAUGACUUCUAACACCUUGUUAUUUUUUACUCUCAAUGGCUUGGACCCCAGGUAGCCUAAGGACCACCUGCUCCAUGGUAGGUCUACCCAUUUGACUAGUUUGGCCAGGAGGGCUUUGCUGCUUGUGCCAAUGCCUGCUGAAGUUCAUUUCUCAAGCACAUGGAACAGGACCUUCUUGGUUAUUAUCCCAGCCAACUGCUUUUAGUUGGUUCUGUAGAAGUGUAUGUUGGUUUUUAGUUGUAUUUUUAAGUAUGUUUUAAUGAUUGUUUUAAUUAGUGUAUUGUUUAUUAUUAUUUCCUUUGCCCUAGAGUUCCAGAAUCAAGGACCAUACAUAAAUGUAAAUAAUAAAUAAAUAAAUAGUA